AUAUGACGUUAAAGUAACCUCGUUGGAUAUAAAUGCGUCAUCAGAGUGCGUCGACAGGCUCUGGCACAUACCCAAACGAAAACAAGAUCUGCCGUCUAGUUACAACCUGAAUUUCGUCGGAUACUGCUGAACGACGGCUGCUGGGAUGCCGAAGAAAUUCCAGGGUGAGAACUCCAAGGCGGCCACAGCCAGGGCCCGCAAGGCUGAGGCUAAGGCAGUGGCGGAUGCGCGCAAGAAGCAGGAAGAGGAUGAUGCCCUGUGGCAGGAAACUGACAAACAUGUACUAAAAAAAGAGCAGAGAAAGGACGAUAAGGAGAAAAAGAGGAUUGAGGUAUUGGAGAGGAAAAAGGAAUCCCAGCGCCUCCUUGAUGAGGAAAAUGCCAGGAUAAAAGGCAAAACCCAGAAAGAGGGUGGAAGUAGUGGAAAGGUGACCCGAGCCCAGAUAGAGGAGGCUAUUCAGAAUGUCCCGCAGCCUCAGCAGCUCAAGCCAAAAGACAAGAGCCAUCUGGAGGUUCCACUGGAAGAAAAUGUAAACAGAAUUAUUCAGGAGGAAGGAACAGUUGAAGCUAGAACAGUAGAAGAUGCCAUUGCUGUGCUGAGCAUUGCACCUGAGGACCUGGACCGCCACCCGGAGCGCCGGAUGAAAGCCGCUUUCACGUCGUUCGAGGAGGCCAACCUCCCUCGCUUGAAGAUGGAAAACCCCAACAUGAGAUUGUCUCAGCUGAAGCAGCUCUUGAAGAAGGAAUGGAUGAAGUCUCCCGAGAACCCUCUUAAUCAAAAGUGUGCUGCGUACAACUCGAAGUGAAGGCAAUGACUGUGCCCCUUUCCCAUCGGCGCUCAUCUCCCAUUGGAAAGUGGGUUAUGCACCUUGGAGACUUUUAGUGCAAGAUCGUAUUCAUUAAAAAUUGAGUGUUGCUUUCA